CAGCCCUAUCAUUGAUGAAUUAUUGACAAGGUCUAUGGGGCUAAAUUAUUUUCUAAUCUGGAUUUGAAAUUUUGGUUAUAACCAAGCUCAGGUGAAAGCUUGUGAUGUGCUUUUAGUACUCACAAAGUCAUUUUGAAUACAUAGUGAUGCCUAUUGGACUUAUAAUGCACUUUCUAGUUUCAAGCCUUGACGAAUGAGAUCAAGCCCAUUCGGUGAGAAUAUGUAUUUAUUUUUUUUAUGACAUUCUAAUAUACAGUCAGGAUUGGGAGUCCCAUAUACGAAACACUUUAGUGAGGUUUUACAGGUGUUGUUAGAUAAUAAGUUAUUGGCAAACCAAUUGAAGAGGCUACAUAGGUAGAAGAAUUCUCCAUCGAGAGUCAAUUUCCAUAUUUCAGUCUUGAGGACAAGACUAUUCUCAAGAAAGAGGCAAUGGCACAAGAGCUUGAAAUGAGUGUCAAAGAAACAUCCAAGAAAACUGGUGCUCCCCAAAUUGUUAAGUUGGACAAGGCAUUGAAAUUGGCCGAGUUAUGGGUAAAUAAUAUGAGUAAAGAUGCUGAUGAUCAUAGAACAAAUGCAGAUUUAGAGGGUAGACCUUCCGGGCUUGGUCUAGGUGCAAAAGUUUCACGCCGAUCAAAAUAUGUACCUUCCGAUGACCCUGUUGAAAAGAAGUUGUAUGCCAAAUUGACUGCUGAAAAAAGAAAAGCAGCCAACAUUGCUAAGGAGUCUGCCACAACUGCGAGAGAUGAUUUAGAUGACGAUGAAGACAGCGAGGACUUGGAUAGCAGAACUAAUGCGUUUGCUAAGAGGAAGGCAACGGCACCUCUGAUCUCAUCUAUAUUGCGAAAUAAGAAGCAGAAGUGACAUUUGCUGAUGAGUUCUUUUUUGCUGCAAGGCUGUAAAGUAUUCACAUUUUGCAUUUGCCUUGUUGGAAUUUUGACUUAAUAUACAUUUUUCCUGAUUGACAUUUUAACAUUUGAGCACAUAUACUUUUACGUGUAAUUGAUACUAAUUUCAAUGAAGAAUUGGUGUCGUUUGUCGGGGAACACAUACUUGUGUAUGCCCAAUUUGUCUUGUUCAUGAUGUUUUUUACUAGGUGCAGAUUCUUACGUAUU